AUGAGUUUGCAUGGGCUUGGAGUGAUUGGGGCCCAGGUGGCCGCAUCGAUCAAAAGCAAUGACCAAAAAAAUCCCGCUACGCCUACGAUGGCAUCACCUCGAUGUUCUAUGACCUCUUCACCUGGUGCACACAGCCAGGACUUUGAUCCAUCGAUUGGUGCCAAACCAUGUUCACCAUUUUACCACCACGGAAGUCCCACGAUCUCUUACGAACACCUUACCUAUGAAACCAAGCAUCACAACCGAAACCUAAGCCAUCUGCGAGAUCUCGAAAAUGCCGGCCCAUACGCUGCCUGUCGUACUGAUAGUCCCCGACGGUCCAAGUUGUGGGAGGAGGAGAAUAAACCACAGACAUGGCUACAAUCAUUGAGUAGCAGACAAAAAAUGGCCCUCAAAGCAGUCAUCGCAGUGGUGACGGUUGGCACAAUGAUUGCAAUCGCGUUGGGAAUCACUGCCGCUGUGGGAGGGGCAGCUUGGAGGUCUAGUACAGAGAAGACUGCAACAGGAGUAUAG